UUAAACACGUAAAUAACGUUUCUAGAAGGUUUUCAAAUAGUCCACUGUUCUUCUCUAUAUAAAGCCUGAGCACACUAGAGUUGUUUCACAGUUACCUAGCCAGUUCAACGGACAACAGCUCGUUUGAGGGAACAAAUUCUGGACAAAAUGAAAGCCUUCCUCCUCGUUGUCGUCUGUCAAUUCCUGCUGGCUGAUCUAGCCACAUCAUCGAUGUUUGACAUGGAAAAGUUUCUCAAAUCCAUGGACACUGAGAAAUCCUCGGUCAGCCACCAAGAGGAGGAAUCAAUUCCAAGUUCACUUCUCGAUGAGUUCACUACAUAUGUUGAUGGUCUGAUGUCCUCAGACGACACGUCUAGUCUAAGUCAGUCUGAUAUGAACCGAGAAACGAAGAAUUACUUCAAUGAACUACGAAAAACCAUGUCGAAUGACCCGAUAAAAUACAAACUUAAGCCCGGACAAGUCCCUCCCUUAGAGUGUUCCCAUACUCCCUUUGGAUGUUGUCCAGAUGGCUCAGCAGCACCAUCAACAGGAAAAGAGGGUUGUGCAAUGCUACUGUGCGAAGAUAUUUACAAAGACAAAUGCAAUGAAUUACUGACGACUGGACAACUUGACUGCAAGAAAAUGUGGAGAAAGUGCGCAUUUUCAUGCCGUCGAUGCAAGACAGCCGCUGCUCCAAUAUCCGAUUGUGAAAGAAACUACCCUGGGGCUUUCUGUUGCUGGGAUGGAAAGCCAGGGACUGGGCCCGAAGGAAAGCGAUGCAGACCAUGCAUUGAUCAUUACCAUCGCGCAUGCGCAAUCUUCAAGGAGGUGUCACGUGGAUGUCAAUCAAAUUCAUGGAGAAUUCGAAACUUCAUGCAGACGCACUGUCCAGAAACUUGUGGAAUAUGCUCUGCUUAAGCUUUAGCGUCUUAUCCUCGAUCUGUUUUGCAUGGGUGUUGGGAUUUCUGGGAAAAGUUGAACGUUAUUCUUCUAGAUAGACCAUAUGAAAAAGGACGUGUCCCUUGAGAUUCCUCAGUUCAUCAGUUAUAGAAGACAACAAUACUUUCAUUCAAAAUUUUCAAAAUUUCAGUGUGGUAACAUUAAAUGAAAAAAAGCUACAGCUGUUUGAAAUUAAAAUUAGGUUCGUAUGGAAACAACAACCAAGGGCCUACCAGCCGCGCUAACGUGUUUUCGGAGCUUUUCAAAUGCUUCUUUAAUAUAUGACAACAGAACUUUCCGAAAUUACUAAUUUAGACAAGGUCUUUCUUGUAAUGAAAAAAUAUUUUUGAAAUCAUUAAUUGUUCGUGGUGCUCGUUCCCAGUCUUACACUCGUUUUUCAUAUGGUCUAUGGAUAUAGGUAGUAUAUUACGUGGGUAUAUUUCUUCAUGAUAAGUCACAUGAAAACGAUCUUUUAUUCGAUGUUCACUUGUACCUUUGUAAUCGUUGACUAUGGGAUUCGGGUCGUUAAUGAAAUAAAAUCUUUCUUACGGAA